AAUUGGAAUGUUCAAUUUACUUAUUCUGAAGAUGUGCAUGAAAAAUUUGUGUCUUCAGUUGACUUCAAACAGCAAAACAUCAUGGAUUGCUGGAUAUUGUCUUUCACCCAGAGUCUUCUAGCUUUUGUAACCAAGGAAAUGAAAGAAUAUAGGUUAUAUACAGUUGUACCUAGACUGGUUAAAUUUGUGGAUCAUCUUACAAACUGGUAUGUAAGAAUGAAUAGAAAACGAUUGAAGGGUGAAGGAGGGGAAGCAGAUUGCAGAACUGCAUUAGAAACAUUAUUUUCUGUUUUGUACAGUAUGAUUAGAAUGAUGGCUCCAUUCACUCCAUUUUUUACGGAACUAAUGUACCAGAAUCUCAAGAAAGUAUUAAGUGACUUGGAAAGAAACGGUAAUUUGAGGAGUAUACAUUAUCUCUCCCUCCCACUACCUCGUGAAAAUUUGAUAAAUGCUGUCGUUGAAAGGAAAGUGUCUAGAAUGCAAGAAGUAAUUGAUAUAGGACGUCUUAUCCGAGAAAGAAACACUCUACCUAUUAAGUAUCCUUUGCCAGAGCUUGUUGUUAUUCAUGAAGAUACUGUUUAUCUUGAAGAUGUUACUUCACUGCAGAAAUUUAUCCUAGAGGAAUUAAAUAUCAAGUGCCUUACAGUUACGACAGAUAAACUUAAAUAUGGAGUAAAACUGAGAGCUGAACCGGAUGUCAAAACUCUGGGUCUAAAACUACGAUCAGCAUCUAAAGCUGUGGCACAAGCAGUGCGAGAAUUAAGUGAUUCUCAACUUGUGGAAUUUACAAACAAAGACAGCUUGAUUGUAUGUGGUCAUGAGUUGGUUGAGGGAGACAUUCGUUUGAUGUACAGUUUUAGUGGAGAAAAAGCCAAUGAAUUGUCACAAAAGUAUCAAGCAGAGUCAUCAGGGGAAGUAUUGAUUCUUCUUGACAUUUCACCAGAUCAAGAUAUGUUGGAUGAAGGAAUAGCUAGAGAAGUUAUUAAUCGUAUUCAAAAAUUGAGGAAAAAGGCACACCUUGUACCAUCUGAUCCAAUUUCAGUUUUUGUAUCAGCUAAGCCUUCGGAUUGUAAUUUGAUUUCUGUGAUGCGAAAGUUUCAAGCUUUUAUAGAAGGCUCCCUCAAAGUACCUUUCGGAUUUCUUCCUCAUAAUUCAGAAUCCAGGACCAUUAUCCAGGAAACAGUUGAGGUAAAAGGUGCAGAUUUGGAGAUGGUGAUAUUAGAAAAUGGGCCGUUAACUGAAAAAUCUACAGACUCUAGUUUAUUAAAUAAGAACUCUAAAGCAAAGAAUGAUAAAAGAAAUUCUAGUGUAAAAAGUGAAAACAAAAGUUUAAAAAGAUCUCUAGUAAAUAGUGAAACAAAUUUAUCAGAACCAAUUUGUAGGUAUAUAAAUGUUCAGUUAUGUGAUAAUCCUGGUGGUGAAAGCAAUUGUUGUACCGUUUUAUUAGAAAACCCAAAAGGACAGUUUUGUUUAUCAAGUGAGGCACUAUCUCGACAAGUGCAAGUUGUAUUCGGUCUUCACGGCAAACGACCCAAAUUGUAUUUAAAUUCAGAUAGGACUCAUUCCGUUAGUGGCUUAAAAGAAGAAGAUAUGCUAAAUUUGCAUACCAAGACAUUAUAUGCAUAUUUAAGCUGAAUUAUGAAUGAAAAUAAAUUAAUGUGCCUAUAUUUACAUGCUUCAUUUCUGCAAAAAAGUGCACCUUGUUAUUCAAGUGAUUUUGAUAUGAUGGAGAGUAUUUUCUCUACAUCAGACAUUAGUGGGGAAAUAUGAAUUUAACAAUGCUAAGACUAAUUUUGAUAAAUGAUGUUCUAUAGAUGGUGUUAAGUGGUCGCAAUUUCAAAUUUUAGAGCUGGCUCUCAUGAUUUAUGGAAAAUUUUCCACGGUCAGGUAGUUACUAACUCUCAAAUCUUUAGAGUUGUAAAAUUAGGCCUUAAAGAUAUUUGUCUUGCAUAAAUUUCCAACAUAACAGGUUAUUUGUUUGCAUUUGGUGUAUUUCUUCUAUAAUAAACAAGAAAGUUGUUUUCUCCUUAAACUUAAAUAGGACUAUAACAUUCGAAAUGAAUGCUUCAGAAAUAAUAACAGGAAGUAUGGCUAGUAAUAGAAACCUAUGUUUUUUGGAGUCAAAAUAAUUGUUUUAAUUUUUAAAUAUCAACCCACAAAUUUAAAUAUGAAUCUAGCGUUUUUCAUAACCAGAUAUGCCUUUGAAUAUUUUGUAAGCAAAUAUUAUACAGGGUGGCCAUAAAGUAAUCACUGUAUGAUCAUUUUCUAUAUAAAAAAAAAUUAAAAUAAGUGAUAAGGAAUAUAUACUUUCUGAACUUAAUAGAGCAAUAUUGUUUGUAACAUUGACAUGAGUCCUAUUAAUAACUUGUUCUAAAAAAUUUUUAGUCUCUUUGAUUUAUCCCCAUUAUUGUCAAGCAAUUGUAGAAUAGCAAUAACUGUAUUUGUAC